UUCAAAUUUGCCUAGUACUAGUAAUCGACGUGGUAAUAGAAAAAGAAAAAUAGAUAAUGAGCAGGCUCGUACGGAGCAUGCUGAAACAGAAAUUGAAAUAAAUGUAUGUAAUAGCAUGCAAACUAAUAAACAAACUGCUAAAGUCGCUGUACAAGUUAGCAAUGAAACUCAUGAGAUUGGUGUUCAAGUAUCUGAUGAUAUGUUAUUUACUCUUGAAGCUCGCAUUAAUCUACUUCAAUUACAGUUAAAUUCGAGAAUAAGUGAGAUGGAAGACCUUAAAAAACAAUUAGAAUAUGCGUAUGACUACAUAAUAGAAAGUUGUGAACAAUUAUAUUAUAUUGCACCCGAAAUGCAAGCAGAACAUGAAUUAGAAUUAAAAAUAUACUUAUCAUCAAUUUUAGAGGAGCUUGUUGCUAAAAAAAAUGAAAAAAUCAAUGCGAUCGAUCUAAUUAUAAAAAAUCAAAAAGGCACCGGGAGUCAAUCUAAAUGGUGUAAAAAAUAUAAUACAACCAAUAUCGAUAAUAAAAAACGUACUUGCCCUAAAUGUAAUGAAAAACUAGACACGUUGGCUGUUUUACGAGCAGAAUUUGUUAACGA